ACACAGUAAGCGUGCAAGUCGAACGCGGAUGGGUGUUCAGCAGCAGCAAUCGUCAGCAGUAUGGUAGCAUCGACGUGAUAUAGACAAUAUCAAGUACCAAGACAGUUUUAAUCCUUGGUUAAUUAUUUUUUUAACACCGUGGCAAGUAAAAAGAUUUUUUAGUUUCCGUGUGUGUUGUAUUUGCUGCUACUUGAAAAUAUAUAUAUAUAUAUAUAUAUAUAUAUGUAUAUAUGAAAGUAGUUUUUUAAAUCUACUGCAUUGGUUUUCCAUCGGUAUUUUAUUUAUGAGUUGCUGCGUUUGAUAUUUGAUUGAAGUAAAAAAAAAAUAACUGUAAAGUCAGAUGGAGUAGAUUGUACUGGAUGUAUAUAUAUAAAUAUCUAUAUAUAUUUGACGAUGUUUUUAUUUUAUGGAAAAAAAAACCGGAAAGUGAUACCUCGGUAUGUUUAAGUUUUUAAAAUUUUUUUGAAUUUUAAUAAUCGAUGUAUAUGUUAAUUAACUUUUUAUGGAUUUGUUAUUUAAAAUAAAUUGAGGGAGACGUUAAUAAAUAAUAAUAAUUAUUUAAAUGAAAAUAUUUAAUUUGAAGUAAAUAUUUGAAGAAAAUUAAUUUGAAUUUGUACUGAAAGAUAAAUUUGAUAUAUAUAAAAAUUUUGACGUAAAAGUUUAAAAGUUGCCGUAAAAAUGGCAAACAUUAAGGAUGAUACACAAGCGGAAAGAAUAAGGAAAAUGUUCAGUUGGAGCAGUGGAUUACCCAGAGAGGGAACACCAGGAGGUGGUUACACCAACCCAUCAGUUGAGACAAUACUAAAUUCCGAGUCAAACAUGGACAAUAAUGUGGUAGCGCCGAGCACGGUGCUCUCGACACCUGGACUAAAUAAUGUCGCGUGGAAUCGACAGCAAGCUGUCAGCGUUCGACAUGCAUUCAAAACUUAUGGGAGCAGCAAAAAUCCAAAUCCCGUUUUGCAGAAUUUAAAUAUGACAGUUGCCAAAGGCUCAAUAUACGGCCUUCUGGGUGCGAGUGGUUGUGGUAAAACAACUUUGCUGUCAUGUAUUGUCGGAAGAAGGCGACUAAAUUCUGGAGAAAUAUUUGUGCUAGGUGGGAAACCCGGUACGAAGGGCUCUGGAGUUCCUGGUAAACAGGUCGGAUAUAUGCCACAAGAAAUCGCUUUGUAUGGAGAAUUUACCAUCCGCGAAACUAUGAUGUACUUUGGGUGGAUAUUCGGUAUGGACACCAGUGAAAUUGUCGAGAGAUUGAGGUUUUUAUUGCAGUUUUUGGAUCUGCCUUCGCAGAACCGCCUUGUAAAAAAUUUGAGUGGUGGCCAGCAGAGACGUGUCUCUUUCGCCGUGGCACUUAUGCAUGAUCCUGAACUUUUGAUCCUAGAUGAACCGACUGUCGGUGUAGAUCCUCUAUUAAGACAAAGUAUUUGGAAUCACUUGGUGCAAAUAACUAAAGACGGAAACAAAACAGUCAUCAUUACAACGCAUUAUAUUGAGGAAGCAAGACAAGCUCACACGAUCGGAUUAAUGCGAAGCGGCAGAUUGCUGGCUGAAGAAUCUCCAAGAGCUUUGUUGACAAUGUAUAAUUGUGCAUCUUUAGAAGAUGUUUUUCUCAAAUUGUCACGUAAACAAGGACAAACCACUCAACCUACUACUGAACUGAAUAUCUCAAACAACAUUAGCAUGGCUUCCUUAAACUGGGGUAAAAAAGACGAACCAGUUUAUGUCACUGAAGAGUCUGGAGUUGUAGGAUUGAAUUUUCAUCAAAGUAAAGAAGUUCUUAUUCAUGACACGACUAAUGGCGUUGGCAGUCAUUAUGAUUUAAAUGGAAAACCAAUGGCUGGUGUUAAAACAAACUCGACGGGUAUGUGUUCAGACUGCAGUCUAUCAAAUGUUUUAAAUAUGACAAGUAGAGGAAAAAUGAGAGCGUUGCUGCAGAAAAAUUUUCUUCGAAUGUGGAGAAAUGUCGGAGUGAUGCUGUUUAUUUUCGCAUUGCCAGUGAUGCAGGUAAUUCUAUUUUGUCUUGCCAUCGGGCGAGAUCCAACUGAUCUCAAACUAGCAAUAGUAAAUUCCGAAAUGAAUUGGGACAAUAAAUCGUGCAACAUAAAAGCUGGCUGUCUUGCUGGUAGUCUGAGUUGUCGAUAUUUAGAAUUUCUCACUAAUGAUACGAUUAUAAAGGAAUACUAUCAGUAUCCGGAGCAGGCGAUAGAUGCAGUAAAACAAGGGAGAGCUUGGGGUACUUUGUAUUUUACAGAGAACUUUACGGAUUCGCUUAUAGCACGACUGAACCUUGGGCAAGCUGCUGAUGAUGAAACGUUAGAUCAAAGUGAAAUCCGCGUUUGGCUUGAUAUGUCGAAUCAACAAAUUGGGUUAAUGUUGGCAAGAAAUUUGCAAUAUUCAUACCGAGAUUUUGCUAAAUCGAUGCUCGCUGAAUGUGGCUUUAACACAAAAUUAGCUGACGUACCGAUACAAUUUUCCGAUCCUAUCUACGGAACAAACGACCCCAGUUUCACUGACUUCGUCGCUCCAGGAGUUAUUCUUACAAUUGUAUUUUUCUUAGCGGUUGCUUUGACAUCGUCAUCUUUGAUCAUAGAACGGCUCGAAGGUUUACUAGAUAGAAGCUGGGUCGCAGGAGUGUCGCCCGGAGAAAUUCUUUUUUCUCAUGUUGUUACACAAUUCGUCGUAAUGUGUGGUCAAACAGCUCUCGUACUUAUAUUUAUGAUUCUCGUAUUUGGUGUCGAGUGUAAUGGCGACAUUGGUUGGGUAAUCAUACUGACUAUUCUUCAAGGUCUUUGUGGCAUGUGUUUCGGAUUUGUAAUAUCAGCGAUAUGUGAACUUGAAAGGAAUGCUAUUCAAUUAGCAUUAGGUAGCUUUUAUCCAACACUUUUACUUAGUGGGGUUAUUUGGCCGGUCGAAGGAAUGCCAACAGUAUUACGAUAUAUAUCGCACGGGUUGCCGCUGACCAUGGCAACGACGUCGCUCAGAUCAAUGUUGACAAGAGGAUGGACGAUAACAGAGCCCGAUGUUUACAAUGGCUUUAUCUCAACAGUAACAUGGAUUGCCAUAUUUUUAACCAUCAGUAUGCUCGUUCUAAAAUUCAAACGCGGUUAAAUCCUCGAAAUUUAAUUUUAAUUAAAUUUUUUAGCAUAAAUACUAUUUUAGACUAGAUAAAUAAAUUCUUUUGUCUAGAAUUUAAAAAUUAAUCUUAUCGAUAGAUAAUUUUAUUCCUAAGAUACUUAAAUUACGAUUUUAUUGUUAAGUUGUUAUAUCAAAGCAGUAUCCACGACAUCUUAUGCUGAUAUCCAUGGUUUUUAUAUAGUAUAAUAAUGUUUAUUUAAAUAAAUUAUGUCAGUUAUUAAAAGCUAAGAAAAUUUAUAAAAAAUUUUGUUUUUUCAUUUUUAAAAAAAGAGAAUUUUUUUUUCGUUGUAAUUUCUUUUUUAAUUAAUUAUUAUUUAUGGUUAUUUGUAAAUACAGAUGUGGAAAAUUAUUUAAUCAGUGUAUGAUUCU